UUUUGGGCAAUAUGUCACAUUUUCAAUAGAAAUUGACAAAUUAAAUAUGUGUCCGAGAAGUCGCUGUCAUCUAAGUUAUCCAUAGCAAAUACACCCCUCAAGGAAGAGUGUGUUUUCCAAAUCACAUGACCUGCUCUACAUGAUGUCAUUUCCUCCUGAAGAGAAAACUAGCAAGACUCCAAGGUAUGUUAUCCCUCCACAUUUUCAGUUAUUUCACCUAAAGUAGUGCUUGGGGCAAAUGUGUAAUUAUCAUAUGUCAACAAUGUUACUACAAUGAAUUCAUAAAUAACUUUGAAUUUCAAUUUUACUCAGUUGUACAUAUAAUAUUUAGAAGAACCUCUCCGUAAAAUGCCAUGUGGUGUCUGGUGCUAGGCAAUCAUUUUGAUUUUAUCCCUAAAAACAGCAAAAAUGUCAACUAGGUUACCAGUCACCUAUGUUACUCUGCAAAUGUAACUUAGUUGACCAAGAGUAACAUAGUUGACUUUCAUGACAUGUUCUUAUAGUUUUCAGGAGUUCAUUUAAUAUUCUAAUUGUACAGUAACUAUAAAAUACUUUGUAAUAAAUAUUAUAAAAGUAAACUUGUUUUCAGGCAAAUGCCACGAUUAUCUGCUGCAGAAAAGCAGCGCCGUUACCGUGCACGGCGAGAUGCUGAUCCUGCAAAAAGGGAGGCAUACUUGGCAAAAGGCCGGCAGAAAUGGAGAGAAAAGAGGGAGCAAGGUGCAUACUAUAAGCCCAUAUGUGAACAGAGUGAGAGGGAAAAACGUGCAAAGAGAAAGGCCUGGAGAAGAGCCCAGGAACAGAGCAGACGCAGAAAGAAACAGGCUUCUGCUAUUGUUACCCCACCACUUAGUCCUGACAGCGAGGAACAACCAGUUCCACAACCAGGAAGACAGAGAAUACAAGGAAGAAGGACUCGAAGACGACGGUACCAGAAAAUAUACAUUGAGAAUCACAAACUCAAGGAAAAGCUUAAAGCUCAAACAAAAACAUCAGACAAAUACCGUAAGCGCUAUGAACGGCUACUGUGCAGUGUUGACUCUCCUAGCAAAAGAACAAAAAGGAUGCUCGGAACAAGUCCAGUCAGUAAUGAUGUGCGGAGAACACUGGUCUAUCAUCAUGCACUUUUGAAAAGCCUCAAACAAAAAUUUCAGUGUGCAGCAAAAGAAAAGACCAGGAACCUAAUCGCCAGAAUCGUAUCUGGAAAAAUAUUGAAAAAAUACAGGUUCCAGAAAAUCAUUCAUGACACACUGGGUGUCUCAGCCAAACGAUUCUGCAAGAAUGUGAACACAAAUGGGGACGAAAUAGCCUGUUUUGCCAGGAAGAAAUACAUAUCCACACACUCAAAACUACAAGAUCAGGUUGUUGCCUUUUACACCAGGGAUGACGCAAGUCGUUCAACAGCAGGUAAAAAGCAGACCGUAACAAAGGGAAAAGUAAAAAUGCAGAAGCGGUUUAUGACUGACACCAUGAAAAACCUCCAUAGGAAAUUCCUGCUGGAAAACGUCUCUAGCAAACUUUCCUAUACACUCUUCUGCCGAAUGCGCCCAUACUGGGUAGUCCAUCCAACCAUUGCAGACAGAGAUACGUGUCUAUGUAAGGUGCAUGAAAACUUGGAAUUUAUCGUGGAGAAACUUCAUGGACUUAAACUUCUGGAGAGAACAGAGUUGGAAUCUCUUGCUGAGGAAACUUGCUGUAAUCCAACAUUUAAGCCAUGCAUGUAUGCGGAAUGCAAGAACUGCAAACUACAAGACCUCAAGAUUCAGUCUGGCUAUGAUGGUCAAACCCAAGUUUCUUGUGUGCAGUGGACAACUGAAACUGUCCUCAGAGAGAAGAAAAGUGGUGACAGCAAAGAAAAGUUGCCUGUGAAUAUCACUGUGAAGAGGGAAAUGGAGAGUUCUUUGGAGGACCUGAUUGAGACUUUCCAGAAACAGCUCAAAAAGUUCAAAAGGCACUUGUUCAACAUCAAGACCCAGUUUAACUACUACAGGGAAUUGAAAAAGAACAUGAAGAGUAAUGAAUGCCUCAUACACAUUGAUUUCUCUGAGAACUACUCUUGCAAGUUUCACAAAGAGAUUCAAGCUGUCCAUUUUGCCUCUUCUCAUCAACAAGCAACUCUUCAUACAGGGGUCCUCUACAUUGGUGGUGAGGAAGACCACUUGUGCUUCACAACAAUUUCGCCAUGCAAAGAAAAGGGUCCACCUGCCAUAUGGGCACACCUCUCCCCAGUACUUAAACAUCUCAAGGAAACAUGCCCAACAGUGUCAAUUAUCCACUUUUUCAGUGAUGGUCCCUGCUCACAAUACAGGCAGAAGGGCAACUUUUACAUGUUCACAACGGAAUUGUACAACCAGGGCUUCACUGCGGGCACUUGGAACUUUUUUGAGGCCAGCCACGGAAAGGGUGCCCCCGAUGGGGUAGGAGGCCUUCUGAAGAGAACAGCUGACAGAUUGGUGAGCCAAGGUGAAGACAUUUCCACUGCUAAACAUCUUUUCAAUGCAUUGGUAAACACCAAUACAGCUGUCAAGAUCUUCUACAUUGAAGAGGCUACAGUGGAAAAGGCCAUACAGCAGAUGCCACAACGACUCCCCGCUGUACCAUGCACUAUGCGGAUUCACCAGGUCAUCACGCAAACACCAGGGAAACUGACAUACCGUGAUGUGAGCUGCCUGUGUUCAACAAGGCAGAUUCUGCAAUGUCAGUGUUACCAAGCUCAGGCCUUCGACUUCAAAGUCAACUCUGCUGUUCCUGCAUUGCACCGAGGAAAACCAGACCUUGAAGUACAGUGGGAUAGAGAUGACAUUGUUGGUCAGUGGUGUGUCAUCAGAUAUGACGAUGAGGUUUACCCUGGAACCAUUGUUGAAGUGAGUGAGACACAUGUUCAUGUUAAGUGCAUGCACAGAGUGGGACACAAUCGUUACUACUGGCCUAUGCGAGAGGAUGCACUCUGGUAUCCAUUUGAGGAUGUGCUCAGGUUGAUCCCUGCCCCACAGCAUGUGACAGCACGUCAUGUUGAAAUAAAAAGAGAUGUGUGGGAAGAUAUUGCCAAAUCAUAUCUUCAUGGCUAAGGACAUGCACACACACACACACACACACACACUCAAAGAUUACUUGAUUGAGCUUGACAAAGUCAUUGAAAAACAAACCAUAAUUGGCCAUGUUCUUGGGUUAGAAAAUGGGGAGUUUGUUCUGUCUCCGCCGGUUUCAUGGGUGCCUGGAAGUUGGAGGCUAUGCCAAAGUUUUACUUGGGUUCUGACAUAUGAAUGUUUUUGAGAUACAACUGUUUGCACUAUUAAAUUUUUUA